UCAGGUUAUAUUUUGAAACCAGAAUAUAUGAGAUUAGGUUAGUAUGACUACACUAUCUAAACAAUCCUGUUUUAUGGUAUAACUUAGAAAAGAUGUUCUAAGGUAGCCUUUUUGGGUUCGCUUUUCAGAUUCACCGAAGAUAGCCAAAGGUCAGAAAUUAACAGUGCAGGUAUUUCAAUUAUAUACAGCUUUAAUAUACUAAUGUCUGGCUCUGUAUGAAAUUUCUAUUCACGAUCAUGAUACGUAUGAGCUGUACGUCCAGAAGACUUUUUUCUCUCAAAAUCCUGAUUUUUCAUUCAAAAGAAGUCUUCAGUUGUCACUUCUCGACUUCUACACUAUUAUUCCUGAAAAGCCCUAGCUAAUUACAUACAGUUCAACUGUAAAACUCGAACGGUCUUGCCAGUGCAGGUAGCGACGAUAACCCUAAAUUCCCGACGAAUAUUUUUCAGGGAGUUGUAUCCCUAUCAAUCCGUAGCUUUCAACUGUAAAACUGCCUGCAACGUUUCAUUGGUUAAUUGACUAUGGAAUUGCCCUUGCUUUGAAUAUAUUAUAAUACCUCUGAAAAGGUCCUGUAACGAACCUGUUAACUUAGCAUAAUACCAUAUUCCCUCCAUAUAUUUAGCCCCCAGGCUCUUUUUAGCGAAAUAAGAACACAAACGUUCUAUAUAACAGUCACUGUUAUGGCUAAUUAAUGGUAAAUGUUAUGAAAAUGUUUGCAAUACUAUGCUCCGAUGAGAAAAAUCCUCAUUUUCAUAGUCCCUUCGUUAUGAAACCUACGCAGUCAUUUUAAGAAGGCAUUUUAUUUUUGAUUUCAGGUCAUAAGUGGUCAGCAGUUACCUAAAGUUAGUGGUGGAUCUAGGGGCGAGGUACAUUUAGUUUGGAAGUUAUAUGUAAUGUAAUCUCAGUGUUUGCAUUAUUAUAUAGGGUACUUUGUUCAGGCUCGAUUUAAAAUUAAGUCUUUCAAAUAUAAUUUCUAUAUUUAUUUAAAAAAUUCAUUAAUAAUUCACGAGGAAAAUACAAAAGAAAUGAAUGUUUAAUCAAUGUUUGUAAAUCGGAUAAAGAUUUGUCCUGAUUCACAUAAACUUCAGCUUUGAUUUUCUCGGCUUAGACAAUGUUUAUUUUUAAAAUUACUUUGCCAAUGAACUCAUAAGAUGGGUCAUUUUUUAAUUAUGAUAAAACAUUCGCAUCCGAUCUGUAUCUGAUAUAUACAGAUCGGCUGCUCAUAUAAAGAUCAGUGUCUGAACAAUUCGGCAAUACACGACUUUCCAUAUUAUUAUCCCAAAAUGACGCUAUAAGGAAUAGGCUUGGACAAAAAAGUUUUAGGAUUAGGAUCAAAGUAAGGAUUAGUAUUGGCAUAAAGAUUGUCUUUGGGAUAAAGAUUGAGGUAAAAAUUGAUUAGAACUGCAAUAAAGAAUUGGAAUAAAAAUUGAGGUUAUUAAGAUCGAAAUUGGGCCAUUUUUUGACUUCCAUAUAAUAUAUCUUUAGAUUGUAGAUCCUUACGUCACGGUUGCAGUCCAUGAUGUCCUUGAAGAAAAACAACUUUUUCAAACUAAAGUUAUAAACAACAACGGUAAGCUACGUUCUAUCGUAUAAUUUGAAACAAUUGAUACGCAUAAAUACAAGCGACUGCACGCAGACUAGUUAAAAUCGGUAACAUCUUCGUGAUUUCAGGGAUAGGGUUGUGAUUGGGGUCAAGACCAAAGAAAAUGAAAAUUCGUAAAACAAAUUAAGGGAUGUUACCCUGAAGUGAUAUCUCCAUGUCGUUACAGAGACAAAUCUGGAGAUCUCGUGAAUUCAUUUCAUGUAAUCAGUAAUCCUUUAUUUUAUUCAAUUAUUCAUUAGGAUUUGAUCCAUAUUGGAACGAAACAUUUCAAUUUCGAGUGAUAAACCCAGAGAUGGCAUUGGUGAGAUUUGCCGUGUAUGAUCAGGACGUUGGGAAAGAUGAUUUCAUUGCUCAAUUUUCGUUACCAUUUACCAGUAUGAAACAAGGUAUGCAUGUAGUAGAUUACCAGUUUUCUAGUUUACUGUAGGUUGAUCGACAAAUAAAAAUUAAUAUAUUCAGUAAAUCCAUAUUUUAUGCCCACCAUACCUAAUGCCUUAUGUCACGAACAUUCGAUGUGAAACUCAUUAAUACAUGCGGACUUGAAAUCUAGUCCAGUCUCUCAUAGUCGGAUUUGAAAUAUCAACUCCAAAAACGUUUUUGACAAAAAAUAAUAGAUACGUUACAAGCUGAAAAUUAAAUAGUAGCUGUAAUUCAUGCUUCAACUUUGAUGCACAUUUGUCCUAACUUUGAACAGCUAUUAGUCCUAACUAGCCUCCUCCACAGGCAACUCUUGUUUCCCACUCCCAAAUAUAUACCGACCUUUCAACCAGAAGAGAAUUGAAUUUAUUCACGCAAUCACGCUAUCAAUCCAUAUCGAAAGUUUGGCAGAGCAGAAAGAAACAGUAAGGGCUUGGUAACUAGUGAAUUUGGGGGCGGAGAGCAAAAGAGACGAAGGGAGUUUCUUACCUUUUCUCCUCUCUUUCAGCCCGCACGCCCGCCCGCUUUAACCACCCCCAUAAAACAACACUUGUAUCGCAAUGUUCCCUUAUGUUUCCUGAUGUAGUCAUACAAAUUCCAAAUUCGACAAAAUAUUGUCUCUUCUGGUUGAAAGGUCGGUAUAUAUUUGGGAGUGGGGAAUAAGAGUUGCCUGCGGAGGAGGCUAGCGCUAGUCCUAACAGUUGACCUCAAAAUACAAUUUGUAGUUUGCCGUUUCCGGUUUAUACUGCACGACCUACACGCACGCCUGCACGCUUCUCCCAACUUUCUCGUAAUUUUUUAUCUGGACUUCCAUUUUAUUUUAUUUCAAGGUUAUCGUCAAAUCGCAUUAAAUGGCCGUGGAACCAAGUCACUUUUCCCAGCUUCAUUAUUUGUUCAUGUACAAAUUGAAUCAUGAGGAUCAAUUUUGGACAUAUUUUUAUAUAUUAUACAGCAUAUAAAUUUCACAAACAAUAUAUAGAACACAAGUACAGUAAGCGUUCUCAGACCAAGAAAAGGUGGGAUUCUGCAGCCUGGGGGAAUAUUUUGCCUUAAUUUUCGACAGGGACGUCGCGAAGUGAUUAACAUUGUUAGCGGGGUGUCCUGAUAUUUUGACCAAGUUUUGGCGAACAUUUUGACCAACCUUUCAAAGGUCUGACUUCAACAAAUUCGUGUUGGAAAACUGAAUGCUUAAAGUGCCUAUGACACGAAAUUUCACCCCAAAGGUUUAUGGUUGCAUUGUAAAGAUCACUUAAAAUGACUUAAUAAUUUCUUUUAUAGAAUUUUGGUAACUAGCUCCCUUUUCAAGAUAUUCAACUUUGUUUCAUAUGCAAAUAUCACCGGUGUGACAUCACAUCACAUAAUGAAUUUUCAGAAAAGUAUAGUUUUCUUGACGAAUACGUAUCUACAAAACUUAAAAAUUGCCCUUGUAUAUGUAUUAAUUUCAUAACUGGUAAUUAACCCUCUGUAUUUGUUUGUAAAAAUAUUUUAUCAAGGUAAAAUAUUACGUUUUCAAAAUGUCAUUAUGCGAUGUGAUGUCACACCGGUGAUAUUUGCAUAUGAAACAAAGUUGAAUAUCUUGCAAAGGAAGCAAGUUACCAAAAUUCUAUAAAAUAAAUUAUUAAGUCAUUUUAAGUGUUCUUUACAAUGCAAUCAUAAACAUUUGGGGUGAAAUUUCGUGUCAUAGGCACUUUAAGAAGUGGCCAUGUUUUUUACAAGGUGAAAAGUUCGCAAGUACGUUUUUCUUUGCACUUUUGAGUACUACUAUGGUUAGUUGACAAUGUAAACCAGUUUGAAAAACCACAAUGACCAACUAUUUUGACCAAAUAUUUCCCAUUUUGACCGACUUUUUAAACUUAAAAUUAUUGGGGGGGGGCUUACACGCCCACACACACACCAGUGCGACGUCCCUGAUUAUUUUAUAUAUCUGUUUAUUUUAUAUAUCUCGUUUAAGAUUGGACAUAUAUCUCGUUUAUGAUUGUUGUUCAAUGUUCAUAUUGAAGAUUGUUUUAUUUUGUACGGUAUAUUCUUCCAUUGCUUUGUUCGCAUUUUGAAUAAGAUUUGACAG